UGAAAAGUCACAAGAAGCCACGGAAAAAUGGAUAAAUAUCCGCAGGUCAGAGAAUUUCUCGGCCUAGAGGGCAAAACUGCUGAAAUAAUGUUGCAGUUCGAAGAGGAAAUAAAAAAAAAAACAAAAGUGCUCGCCGAAGAGGAGGGGAUUCGCUCGAAAUUGGUGGAGCUAACGCUGGACUUAAGUCUGGCCAAGCAAGGAGCCGAAAAUGUGAAGGAGAUAAACGAGGUCAUGGCGGAGGCGGAGACCAUGACAUAUGACUGCCUGUUCCAGGUCAUGCAAAUCGAGCGUCUGUUGGAGCAGGUCGGCCUGCAGGACAUCCUGCGCUACACCGUCCAGCGCGAGGAGCAGCAGGUCAAGCGCCAAAUGGCACUCGAGGAGGAGCGGGAAGCCGAGGAGGAGCAGCAGCUGGCCAUCCUCAGAUCACGCGAUGUCGUUCAAGAAUUUCGCGUGGUGCAUGAGGUUCUAAAAGAGGAGGAGAAGAUGCUUACCACAUUAACACAUGAAUUAGACCAGUUAAACAGCCGGUAUGAAAUUACAAUAAACGAUUUAACAGAUAAACGUAACAAGAAGAUAGUCGCCAUAAUACAGACCAGCAAGCAAAUAGCCGAAAUGCAAGCACAGUUAAAAUCAAAAGAUAUCAGUACAAUGUCUGCUCAAAGCCACAUCAAAGAAAAGAAUGUCGUUACCGAGAAUGAAACCAACAUCGUUAGCCCACAGGAAGCAGAAAAGCCAUCAAACAGCAGCAGUUUAUCAUUUCAGUCGGCUAAUGAUUUUCUGAAAAUGUUUCUGGAGGAUGAUAAACAGCAGGUGGGCAUCUUGCACUCAAUUCUGGCUAAUCGCAAUAAGGAGAAGACUGUUAUCUCUUUUAACUCGCCACCAAAACAUGUGCAAUUUGCCCCUGAUCCGCUACUAACCGAAAUUGUGGAGUUUGAAAAAGAAGAGGAGGUUUCGGGAUCAGAUGAAGAACUAGUGGAGGCAUCUGAUAUGGAAUUUGAAGAAGAAUCAGAAGAGGAAAUGGAGUUAUCAGACGCAGAACUCGAUGAAGAGCAACCAGAAGACGGAUUGGAAAAGAAAGAGGAGGAAUCAGACGAAGAACUUGAUGAGGAGCAACCAGAAGACGGUUCACCGGAGGAAUCCGACGAUGAAUUUAAUGAGGAGCAGCCAGCCGACGGUUCAGAGAAUAUAUGGAUGGAAUCAGACGAAGAAAUUGAAGACGGGCAACUAAAAGAGGGUUCAGAGAACGAAAUGGAGGAAUCAGACGAUGAAUUGAAUGAGGAGCAGCCAGCAGAUGGUUCAGAAAACGAAAUGCUGGAACUGGAGGAAUCAGACGAAAGCCUUGAUGAGGUGCAGCCAGAAGACGGUUCAGAGAACGAAAUAGAGGAAUCAGAUGAAGAAUUUAAUCGGCACAACCCAGAAAACGAGGCACAGAACGAAAAGGAAGGAUCACAGAAAGAAUUUGAUGAGAAACCAAAGAAGUCGGAACCAAAAGUGCAGAAAUCAGAAAAAUUCAAGUUGGAUAUAGACGAUUCUGAACAGAAAUCACAAUCCGAAAAUAUGGAAUUUGAAUCGGACGAUGACGCAUCGGUCGAACAGGAAUCAAGCGAGGAGGAGGUUACUGAUAAGGGGGCCAAAAAACUGUUUGGGAAGGCAAAGCCCAAGCAAGCAGAGCAGAAAAUUAAUAAAACGAUGACGCAGCAGAAGGCCUCUUUCAAAGGCAAUUUCAAAAGGUCCUUCAUUCCCGAAACCCCGCAAAUACGAAGUGUAAAUCUCACUUCAACACCCAAAAAUACUAAAAAUUCUAAGGCCAGCAAAAACUUGCCCAGCACUUCCUCCGGCUCUCGCAACCGCUAUUCGUCUAGUCAGUUGUCAAGCAAUGCCGCAGAUGUCGUGAAGACUGAACUACUGCCGAAGAGGCUUAAAUUGGACGAUGAGGAGUUCCCCAUGGCCCAACCUCAUCCAUCCAAUGACGACCACUCUUUUCAAUUCGCCUCUCCCAAUAGUGAUAUCAACGAUGAUUUCCUGCUAAACUUUAGCGAUGAUAUGGCUUCGUUUCCUGGGGCCUCUUCCUCUUACUUUUUGUAAUAAGUCAAUACUUGGAUAAACAAAUUAGUUAAAAGCGGGAGCUAUAUAAACUCUGUUAAAA